AUGAAAGUCAUUUCGUGGAAUUGCAGGGGCAUUGUCAAUGGGCGUGUCCGGAAGCACGUUAAAGAGCUUCUGGUUGCUAAUAAAGUUGAUGUCUGUUGCCUCCUCGAAAUUCGCUCGACCAGGGCGGAUAAAAUGAUCAAUCUGGCUUCCUCGUUGGGCUUUUCUAAUCAUUUUAUCGUUAACCCUCUUGGGUUUGCCGGUGGUCUGCUGUUAUUUUGGAAGCAAGAUCAUGUUGAUCUUACUAUCUUGAGUUCUUCCUCCCAAUCCAUUCAUACCAAGGUUUUGAAUGGGACUGAGGAGGUUUUUAUUACUUUCGAUUAUGUUAGACCUAACCUCUUGGCUAAGUGUAGGUUUUGGGAGGAAUGCAAGAUCCUCAGUAAUAAUAUUCAGAACCCUUGGAUUGUAUUAGGGGAUUUGAAUGAUAUUGCUGCAGUGGAGGAACAAUGGGGAAGUGAUACCAUCAAACUUAGUGGGCUCCAGAGAUUUGUGGAUGCCUAUAGUAAUUGCAGCCUUCUUGAUCCUGGGCACUCGGGUCCUAAAUUUACUUGGCAGCGGUUUAUUGGUAAUAGAGUUGUUCUCAUGCGCAGGCUUGACAGAGUCCUGUGGAACGUUAAAGCUCAACAAGCCUUCCCGGAAGGCAAAAAUCUGGUGCUCCCGAGGUUCCAUUCUGAUCACAACCCCUUGAUGUUUAUAGAUCAAGUUGGUAACCCUCCUGCGAGAAACCUUCGGCCCUUCCGUUUUGAGGCUGCCUGGUUGACGAGGAACGACUACGGCCAAAUAUGGGUUAAGGCGACCACUGGGAAUAAUAAUAAUAUUGUGUCCACUAUUGAGUCCAUCACCAAUGAAAGUAAGCGCUGGAACAGAAAACAUUUUGGUAAUAUCUUUAAUAGGAAAAGGCGCAUCGAGGCUAGAAUCAAAGGUAUUCAGUCCGCAAGUAACUACAGUUCCUCAAGGUCUUUACAGAAUCUCGACAGACUUCUUGCUAAAGAGUUCAACGAAAUCCUUGAUCAAGAAGAAGCCCUCUGGUUCCAAAAAUCUAGAAUGGAUUGGAUUAAAGAUGGGGACAGAAACACCAAGUUCUAUCACAGGGCGGCGUUGAUUAGGAGGAACAAAAAUCGGGUCAGAUUUUUGAAAAUCCAUGGUGAGUGGACGGAUAACCCGGUCUCUCUAACGCACCAUAUUUCAGAUUUUUUUUCUUCUUUGUUAUCCAGGUCUGGCGUAGUGGGUCAUCCGACUUUCACCCCGAUUGGUGCUAGAAAUACUAUCUCUAGGCUUGAUUUCCAGGUUUUGAAUCGUACAGCCACCUUGGACGAGGUCAAAAGAGCUGUUUUUGACAUGAGGAAAUUUGGUAGUCCUGGGCCGGACGGAAUUCAUGCAGCCUUCUACCAAUUCUUUUGGAAUGACAUUGGGCAAACCCUCACGCUAAUGGUCAAUCAGGCUCUCGGUACGGGAGAGGUUCAUAAAUCCCUUUUGCAGACUUUUAUGACUCUUAUUCCAAAGAAAGAAAUCCCAGAGACGGCAGCGGACUUCAGGCCAAUCACCCUCAUCAAUGUUGCUUUUAAGGUAAUUUCCAAAACCCUUGUUAACAGAUUAAGACCUAUUAUGUGCAAGUUAAUUGGGCCCCAUCAAAAUAGCUUUCUCCCUGGUCGGUCCACUAUGGAUAAUGUGGUCCUUACUCAAGAAGUCAUUCACACUUUGAAUCAUAAACGGGGGAAGAAAAGCUUCAUGGUAGUUAAAGUGGACCUUCAUAAAGCCUAUGAUAGUGUAAGUUGGGAUUUCCUUAGGGACUCCCUGAUUGGGUUCGGUUUCCCAGGUAGAAUUAGUGACAUGAUGGGCAUUCCGGCCACAUCUCAUCUGGGGUCCUAUCUGGGCAUGCCUAUUCUCCAGAAAAGAAUCACCAAAGAUACCUUCUCAUCUAUUAUUGACAAGAUGCGCCGCAAACUCGCCAACUGGAAAGCAAGUGCUCUCAGCAUGGCGGGUAGGAAGACCUUGGUUCAAGCCUCACUGGCGUCUAUCCCAACCUACACGAUGCAAUCAAUGGCUUUACCGGUAAGUACUUGUAAGCUCAUUGAUAAGGUUUGCAGGAACUUCCUUUGGGGCCACACGGAUGAUACGAGAAAAAUCCACACGGUCAGCUGGGACGAUAUUUGUAAACCAAAGCUUCACGGUGGUCUUGGCCUUAGGAAAGCCCAAGAUUUCAAUAUGGCUUUCCUAACCAAGAUGGCCGGGCAUGUCCUUACCCAUCCAGACAAGCUUUGGGUUAAGAUCAUGAAGGAAAAAUACGUCAAAAAUGGGAAUUUCUUUUCCACGCCUGUCACGGCUAACAGCUCUUGGGGUUGGCGUAGCAUAAUGAAAGGUAAAAAUAUCCUUUGUAAGGGCCUUCGUUGGAGAAUUGGUACAGGUGCUUCCAUAAGCUUUUGGCACGAUAGAUGGGUAGGUGAUUCUCCGCUGGCUGAGACCAUUCCCCUCCCGGCUACGGGGAAUUGUUCCAACCUGAAAGUCAGGGAUGUGAUGCUAAACAAUUGUGCUUGGAAUAUUGAUGCUCUGGAAUCUCUCGUACCUGUGAAUAUCAUCCACCAAAUCCGUGCCAUUCCCAUCCCGGUUACAAGCCAGAUAGAUAGACCUUUCUGGCCACUCUCAAACUCAGGUAUAGUCACGGUAAGUUCGGCCUUCUCCUUUAUUUCAGGUACCGGAGAUAGCUCCUUGGAUUAUGAGUGGAUCUGGCGGCUCAGAUGCAAGGAACGGGUGAAGUUUUUCAUCUGGAAAAUCCUCCACAAUGGCCUACUGGUGAAUGCAGAACGGGCUAAGAGAGGGCUCACGAGUGAUGCAUCCUGUCCAAGAUGCGGUUUGGAAGAAGAGUCGUUAGACCACCUUCUCAGACGCUGCAGGCUGACGAACGACUGCUGGAACAGCUCCUCUCCGCCAGUCCUCGCCAUCAGUAACCACCUUCCUCUCUCGCAGUGGAUUGAAAAGGCUUGCAGUGGAAAAAUGCAGAGUUCCAUGAAUGACCGUUGGCACCUCCUGUUCCCCCACAUCCUUUGGAACAUUUGGAAAGCUAGAAAUGAAGUGGUUUUUGACAACUUUUGGCCUACGACAACGGAGAUCCUUAAGAGAGCCAGAAGGAGUGAGCUUGAUGAUUACCAAGCUCUCUUCAAGCAUAACGGAGUGAUGAAUGCUAAGCAAAUCUGGGUUCACUGGACUCCCCCUCUCGCCGGCAUAAUAAAGCUCAACUCCGAUGGGGCUAAGAAAGCUACCUCUAGCAUGGCUAGCGCUGGAGGCCUUCUUCGUGAUCACAAGGGGACUUGGUUGAUGGGCUUCACUAUUAAAAUUGGGAUCACGAACAGCUUCGUUGCAGAGCUUUGGGGACUCCGGGAAGGCCUUCGCGUUGCUAAACAUUACGGCUAUGCCAAUAUUGCAGCUGAAUCUGAUUCUAUGGCUGUUAUUCAAGUACUCCAAGCUGAGGAAGGUCCUUUAUUGGUGGAAGAUUCCCUUAUUCUUGAUUGCAAGACUCUUCUACACAGCUUCAAUAUGUUCACUCUCUCUCAUGUCCUUCGGGAAGGGAACCAAUGUGCCGACUAUCUCGCCAAUUUGGGUCAGACUUCUUCGUGGGGAACGACGAUUCUUCAUGAUCCUCCUGCCGGCCUUUUCCCGCUACUUAUGCGGGACGCAAAUAGCGUUGCAACUAGAAGACUUUACUAA